AUCAGCACGCAGAUCCAAGGGAACAUUAAUUAGCUGGAGAGGGUGAACACUCAUCUGCUCUGUUCUGUUCUGAAAGUCCAGGCUGCUGAAAUUAAACUCUGAUGCCAUUCAUGCCAGCAUCCAAUCACCAGAGAGACCAGAAGCUCAGAGAUGACUCCAAGUUGCCAGCAAGUGUGGCCACUAUACGUCAAGGACUCUAAAGCCGUCGUGGAAGGGGAAGAACAACGUUAGAGAGGAUGCCCAGCUGGUUCGUAGAAACCCCAGCCCAUUUCUCUUGGAAAGAAAGUUAUUACCGAUCCACUAUGUCCCAGAGCACACAGACAAGUGAAUUCCUCAGUCCAGAGGUUUUCCAGCACAUCUGGGAUUUUCUGGAACAGCCCAUUUGUUCAGUUCAGCCCAUUGACUUGAACUUUGUGGAUGAACCAUCAGAAAAUGGUACAACAAACAAGAUCGAGAUUAGCAUGGACUGUAUUCGCAUGCAGGACUCGGACCUGACUGACCCCAUGUGGCCACAGUACACGAACCUGGGGCUCCUGAACAGCAUGGACCAGCAGAUUCAGAACGGCUCCUCGUCCACCAGCCCCUACAACACAGAGCACGCGCAGAACAGCGUCACGGCGCCCUCGCCCUACGCGCAGCCCAGCUCCACCUUCGACGCCCUCUCGCCGUCGCCCGCCAUCCCCUCCAACACCGACUACCCGGGCCCGCACAGCUUCGACGUGUCCUUCCAGCAGUCCAGCACCGCCAAGUCAGCCACCUGGACGUAUUCUACAGAACUGAAGAAACUGUAUUGCCAGAUAGCGAAGACAUGCCCCAUCCAGAUCAAGGUGAUGACCCCGCCUCCUCAGGGUGCUGUCAUCCGUGCCAUGCCAGUCUACAAGAAGGCUGAGCAUGUCACCGAAGUGGUGAAACGCUGCCCCAACCAUGAGCUAAGCCGUGAAUUCAACGAGGGACAGAUUGCCCCUCCUAGUCAUUUGAUUCGAGUAGAAGGGAACAGCCAUGCCCAGUACGUGGAAGACCCCAUCACAGGAAGACAGAGUGUGCUGGUACCUUAUGAGCCACCUCAGGUUGGCACUGAAUUCACGACAGUCUUGUACAAUUUCAUGUGUAACAGCAGUUGUGUCGGAGGGAUGAACCGCCGUCCAAUUUUAAUCAUUGUUACUCUGGAAACCAGAGAUGGGCAAGUGCUGGGCCGGCGCUGCUUUGAGGCCCGGAUCUGUGCUUGCCCAGGGAGGGACAGGAAGGCGGAUGAAGACAGCAUCAGAAAGCAGCAGGUGUCGGACAGCACAAAGAACGGUGACGGUACGAAGCGCCCUUUUCGUCAGAACACGCAUGGCAUCCAGAUGACGUCCAUCAAGAAACGGCGAUCUCCAGAUGACGAACUGUUAUACUUACCAGUGAGGGGCCGUGAGACUUAUGAAAUGCUGUUGAAGAUCAAAGAAUCCCUGGAACUCAUGCAGUACCUUCCUCAGCACACGAUUGAAACCUACAGACAGCAGCAGCAACAGCAGCACCAGCAUUUACUUCAGAAACAGACUUCGAUGCAAUCUCAGUCUUCCUACGGUAACAGCUCCCCACCUCUGAACAAAAUGAACAGCAUGAACAAGCUGCCUUCCGUGAGCCAGCUUAUCAACCCUCAGCAGCGCAACGCCCUCACUCCCACCACCAUUCCCGAUGGCAUGGGAGCCAACAUUCCUAUGAUGAGCACCCACAUGCCAAUGGCUGGAGACAUGAAUGGACUCAGCCCCACCCAGGCCCUCCCUCCCCCACUCUCCAUGCCAUCCACCUCCCACUGCACCCCCCCACCUCCGUACCCCACAGAUUGCAGCCUUGUCAGUUUCUUAGCGAGGUUGGGCUGUUCAUCAUGUCUGGACUAUUUCACGACCCAGGGGCUGACCACCAUCUAUCAGAUUGAGCAUUACUCCAUGGAUGAUUUGGCAAGUCUAAAAAUCCCUGAGCAGUUCCGACAUGCCAUCUGGAAGGGCAUCCUGGACCACCGGCAGCUCCACGACUUCUCCUCCCCUCCCCACCUCCUGCGGACCCCAAGUGGUGCCUCUACUGUCAGCGUGGGCUCCAGUGAGACCCGGGGUGAGCGCGUCAUUGAUGCUGUGCGCUUCACCCUCCGCCAGACCAUCUCCUUCCCACCCCGCGAUGAGUGGAACGACUUCAACUUCGACAUGGAUGCUCGGCGCAACAAGCAACAGCGCAUCAAAGAGGAGGGGGAGUGAGCAUUCCUGUGCGAGCACUUCCCAUCUUCCCGUCUGCCCACCCACCCCCCUACAAGGCACUACUGCUUGACCUGCCAAGCACUCUCCCUAGGUCCCCUCCUCCCUCUUCUCGAUCUGGCUUCCUAAGGGAAGGAGAAGUAAGAGGCUAACGUUUUACCUAAUGUCCGACCUGGCAUCUGAUUCUGAUUCUGGCUUUAAGCCUUCAAAUCUAUUGCUUGCAGGAUUGAAAUUGUCAUGGCUAGGUAGAAGUGAGCAAAAACGCUGUGGGUGUCUCCUUAAGCUGUAGAGAGCUCUCACUGACUUUUAUAAAGCAUUUUCACCCUUAUAGUCUAAGACUAUAUAUAUAAAUGUAUAAAUAUACAGUAUAUAUUUUCGGGUGGGGGCAUUAACUAUUGUUUAAAAUGUAAUUUAAAGGAUGAAAUGGAGUUGCACUUAUCAACUUUUUUUUUUUAAUUGUUUUGGAUGACUUACCUGUAAACCUUCUCUCAAGGCCUGCUGUGUAUGGUAAUAGGUACCUAGAUUUCAAUGGUCCAUGUGUAUGAUGAGGAUAUAUUAUAUAGGUCCCUUCGGUUCUUUUGAUGCUAAACACAUGCCACAUCAGACCUUUGAUUAGACCCAGUACUCUUUGCCAUUGCUUAUUGCGUGAGGGAGACUUACACCCAUGUACGUGAAUCUCUGUGUUGGUGUGUUCUGUGUUAUUGACAUCCCUGCUACCGAUGGUAGUUGACUUUGGGGUCAUUUAGUCUAAUGACAAGGAAAAGUCCAUGUUCACCCUAUCGCUCACCAGAGGAAAGGAAGUGUCCUCUCUUGCUUUUGAUUGGGAUUGCGGAAUAUGAGUCAUGGCUAAAAUUCUUAAAAAGUUCACGGCAGCCAGUUCAGUAACACCUGGUAUCGUGUAUCUGAGUAUACUGGCAACCUCCUCAGAGUUAAUACCAGACAUCUUAACUCUUAGUAUUUAUUGGGAAAGCAUCUGCUGCCAGUACUAAAAUUCACUGCUAGAUUGAUUAACUCAAUUACACAUUUGUUACCCUCGUUAGAAUUAAGGUUGAUUUGAUUGGGAUGAAUGCCGUCUGCCCAGUUCUUGGAGUAAAGCUGUAAUGUCUGUUAAAAAUAACCAGGAAAAACAGGAAUCACACAGAGAUGUUGAAGCUCCACUAAACAGUUAGACAUCUCAGUAAGCCAUGAAUUAAAAUACUUGGAAGACUUUUGGAAACAUAAAUAAUAUUUGAUAAAUGUUUCUUUUAAUGACCCUCCUGUUCUAUGAGAUUCUGCAUAUAGAAGCUUGUUUAUCUUUCUCUCUUAAAGGUUUAACAUAGGAGUAGUGAUCUGGAAAAUACAGUCAUAUGAGGUCAGUUUUCCUGUAGCAUUGGUCGCAUCACUGUAUCACUUUUCUUUUUGAACAACGAUAGUUUCACUUUGUUGGAAAGUAACUGUGAGAACCCAAUUUCCCGUCCAUCUCUCUUUCAGACUGUGCAUGCACAUACAGAUGUCCCAACAGAUCAGGGAAUAAGCCUUCCAUUGGAGAUGUUGCUUGAAGCACAUAAACCAAGAUUUGUCUUCAGACUUUGGAAAAACAUGUAAAUGGCAAUAUUCCUGUACAUCUUUUAGAAACAUACUUUGUAGCAGAACACUUUUUUUUCAAACUACAAAACAAGUAUUUUGUAUAUAUGCUAAUGAGUUCAAACCUCUCCCAUGCCAUCUGGUAAAGGGCUAUCAUUGCACAUAAGCUUCCAUUUUUAUUUUAAAUUGCAAAAGGGCUACUGUGACUCAAAAAUACAUAUGAGUUUCACCUGAAAAAUGUAUAUAUAUUUUGCAUGUUGAAUUGCAUACUUUAUAUUUUGAUUAUUUUUUUUUCUUCUUGGGAUAGCAGGUUUUCCAGAACCACAGUUGAAACUUUUUUAUUAUUAUUAUUGUUUUUAUAUUUUCAUGGAAACAUCAUUUAGUAAGACUACAAUGUCAAAUACAAAAAAAAAAAAUGCCGUACAUGUAAGAUGGGGGGAAGGGAAAGUUGUUUUUAUUUUUUUUUAGUUUUGUAUGUUAAAGAGAGUGAGUCCUUGAUUUCAAAAUUUUAUUGUGAUAAAUGGCAGUAAGCACUGUUAACUGUGGAACACUGUUAGCUUUGGAAACCAAUUAAGGGGAAGAAUAAAACCAUGCCUUGGCAGUACUAGGAGGGCCAGUGGCUUCCUCGACUGUCCUAAGUGUUUGAAUAAACCAAAGACUUCUGAGGUAUUGUGGUUAAAUGGUAAUAAGCACUGUUAACUGUGGAACAAGCAUGCAGCUUUGGAAACCAAUUAAGGGGAAGAAUGGAAACCAUGUCUUGGCGGUGCUAGGAGGGCCAUUGGCUUCCUCCACUGUCCUGAGUGUUUGAAUAAACCUAAGACUUCUUCUGAGCUAUUUCGGCACUAAUUCAGGUAGCGCUAGGGACUCCGAAAUUCCUGUACUGUGUAUCAUGGGCUUGGCAUUAGCCAAGGCUAAGCACAACUACUGGCCUCACAUCCACUUACCAUUUUUUGAGUGCAUGAGUAGCUAGGAUAAAGGGUGUAAAAAUAUUGAGCACAGACAAGUGGGAGUGGGCUUAAUGGAGUUUUUGUGGCCUCAGCUCAAUACAGGUAGCUGAAGAAUGGUUAGACUUUUGUUCGGAGGUGAUUGAUUAGAAAUGGAAAUGGAGGAGAGAACUUUCUGUGUUAAAUCCGUUUACCUUUUAUUUUCUUGAUAGUCCCCUAAAAUACAGUAUACGGGAUAUUGAAUGUUAAAGGGUGUGUUUUUUAUUAUUUUUAUAAUUGUAAAAAAAUUAAGUAAAUGCCAAAUGUUUUAUAUGCUUUAUUAAUGUUUUUGAAAAGUUCUUUCUUAUAGAUAUGAUACUUUUUUUUUAAGCUUCAGUUGCUUGUCUUUUGGUAUUUUGUAUACUGGGCUUUUGGUGAGCCAGAGGCCAAUCUAUAAGCCACUUAUGUUUGCCAGGACAUGCAAUAAAAUUAAAAAGAAAUAAAAAUGCAUUGAGAAA